UUGGUGUAUCUAUAUCCGCAAUGCAGGCGUGCCUGUGUAUUACCAGUUAAAAGUGUGUGCGGCUGAGAUAUUUAUGGAUAAAACAUAGGUCGUCAGAAAAGGUGUGUUACGUUAAAUUUUUAAAAAUGUCCACACGUCCCCUCCCCGCCUUUUUGAAAUCAAACUUGAUUGUUUAUUGAUGGUACUUCUAUCGUGUAAAACAGAGUAAUUAAUAUGUCAGAAUAAACAUUCCAAGCAAAAUUUAACCGUAUACUAGUACUACUGUAAAGGAUAUAAAUUCACUACACAAUUAUGGAUGAAAACAGUAGUUCAGAAGAUAGCUCAUCUGAUUAUACUACAGAGAGCUCUGAGGAUGAUGGCAUGGAAACUGCUCAAAUUAAUGGUAUUAAGAUACAAUUACCUCAAGGCUUAUGUGAAAGGCAGGAUAUAUUCAGAGAAAUAUUCUCCACUGAGGUGUGGAACUCUUUCUCUGAUGUACACAAACAACAUUUGCAGACUUUUUUGCCUAAUUUCCCAGAAAACGAUGAACUUGAAAAAACUAAAACUUUACAAAGGUUAUUUGAUUUUGAAACUUUCAAAUUCAACAGCCCUUUGGUUAAAUUCCAUAAUGAUUUGAAGGCGGGCUUUUUUAGACCAGAUAUAGCCCGCAUGCGUAAAAUUAUUAGGAAGGCUGAACGAAAAGAGGCAAAAUAUAGAUACAAAACUUUUAGAGAACAAUUAAAGCAUGAAGUGGUAGAAUCUCAAAGUAAAUUAUUAAAUCAAAUCAGAAAUUUACCUCCUGGUGUCGAGCCAAGGCAGGAAAAGAGAAAAGUAAAUGUAGAUUAUGUAUCGCAUAGAACAAAAAGAAGAUACUUUCAAAUCCUCUCUUCAAUUAGGCUUAAAACUGAGGAUCAUGGAUGCUCCUCGGAUGAAAAUUAUCCUGAAGGUCCUCCGGUAUCAUUAUCAAGAAAACAAAAAAGACAUCUCAACAGUAUAAGGAACAAUUUAAAUAAUUCUAAGGAUAAAUUUUUUAGUUCAACUAUGACUGCUAAACUAAAUGGAUUCUCAGUAGAUUUAGAAAAAUACAUCACACCUAAUCACAAUCCUUUUUAUAUUAAUGAUGAGUCUUACAAAAAUUUAAUUUUUCAACAUAAAAAAAGAAAAUUAGAAAGUCCAGAUGACGCCGAACUUAACACAAGAGGUAUAACAAUUAGUGACAUUGUAAAUAGAACUCAGUUGCCUUAUAACAAAAACAUGCCAAUAAUUUCUAAACAUCAGGUUGAAUGUAAAGUUAUAAAUAAGAAGAAACUUAAAAAGGAACAUGCGAAUUAUAGGAGGUCACCGGAAAUCCUGUAUAAUCAUAAACAUAAUACAUAUGAACCUAGUUCUAAUUCUGACUCUGAUUCAGACUCUGUAAUAGAUGCGGUAUCACUGAGUAAUUCUAAACCCAAACAUAGAUUAAAUAAAUCAAAACAACAGAGGACUUCGAUUCCCAAAAUCAAAAGUGAAGCUAAAAAAGAAUCAACUUCGGAAUACAAAUCUUCAACUGCUUUAAAUACUACCAAUAUAACAAAAUCUAAUUUAAUGAAAUCUUCAAAUAGUAUUAGCCAAUAUAGUAAGAUAACACCAGUUCGUGUAGAAGACCUGGAUGGUAUAGAUGUUAUGAAUAUCCCUAUAGAUUUAGACAAUUCGGAUAUAGAUAUUUUGGAAUUAAGUAAUAAACCAGAGUUAAUGCAAGAUACUCAUGCGAAUUUCUUUUCAUUGAUAAGAGAUGUAAUUUGUUCAACAAAUGAACAUCGCAUGAACAUGUAUACUCUGCAGGAACGAUUGAAAUCAUGGCAGGACAAUCCCAUUAGCCCGCUCAAUGACUGGUAUAGUUACACAGACAACUGGAUAGGUAUAUUACCAUCGGCAAUCACAUUUCUUUGCGGCAAUGCUUCAGAACAACCGGAUGACUUUGUCCCAUACAUGGAAUAUAAAGUAGCAUUGGACGUAUAUCAAUGGAUCGGAGCUGGAAGAGACUCAGACAAUUUGCUCAGUGUAUUGUGUAGUUUCUGGUUGGAACAUAGGACAGAAAGUAAACAGCUUUCAGCUAAAGAUAGUGAGUUAGAACUGGAUAUCAUAGAUAGUUCUAGUACCCCUCCUCCACCUCGUUUCCCAACUUCUUGGACGGUUAGGAAGGCUACACAAGACGAAAUCAAGGACUUUAGAGAACAAGAAAGAAGAAGAUAUGAUAAUCCUCACAAAGCAUUCACAUAUCGUUGCAAUAAUUACGAAUCUGUUGUAGGACCUCUCAAAGGUAUAUAUAAUCCUGCUGUUGGAAAUACUAAAGCCAGGGGACACACUAUGUUGUCAGCCGAUAGGCCUAAUUUUGUAACAAUACUUUCAUUAGUGAGAGAUUCUGCAGCACGAUUACCAAAUGGAGAGGGGACUAGAGCUGAGAUUUGUGAACUAUUGAAGUCAUCUCAAUAUAUAUCUCCUACUGCGCCUGAUAACAUUCUACAGUCCGUCGUGUCCGGUGCACUGGACAGGAUGCAUACGCAAUGGGAUCCUUGUGUUAAGUAUGAUCCAAAAAAGAAAAUUUGGAUAUACUUGCAUAGAAAUAGGACAGAAGAGGACUUUGAGAGGAUCCAUCAACAUUAUCAAGGUAUGAACAAAUCGAAGAAAACGUCUAGUAAAAAGUCUCCUGCUAAACCGAAACAGAAACAAGGAGUAGAGAAAACAAAUAAAAUAAACACAAAAGGUGAAACAACACACACGCAGGUACAAGCUACAGUGCAACCAGAGCAAGUGACAAAAGUAGUACGAAGAUCCAGUUUACAGCAACAGUCUUCUAAAACCGGUCAGAAUGACACAAUACAAAAGACUUCACCGUCUAAUUUAAUAACUGUGGCAAAUCCGCAAAAGAGUACAAGCCUGUUGUUGAGCAAUAAUUUACCUAAGAAGUUGCCAGAAUCGAACAUUCAACAGACACAGACGCAAGUGCAACAGCAGAACGUUGAGGAAGUUGUGGUUACAUCUGAUGACAGUACAGCACAAUCUAAAGAAGACAAAGAAAUCAAUGAAGCUUUGCAAGCUAUCGUACAACACAGGGUCUCUAGUCCUACAAUAAAAACAGGAAAAAGCCUGGUUAAGAUCUUGUCUCCUACACCGGGCAAAUCUCUAAUUAUACCCACAACAAAUCCUCAGUUAAUCAAACAAAUACAAGAGCAACGCAGCACUCCUACAAAACAAAUAAAUCAAGUGGUAACCCAGCAACUUCUUCAAACCUUAGCCGCUCAACAGAAACAAAUGUUAGUGCAGAAACAAAAUACGGAAGGGACAGAAGCUCGUCCUGAAAAAAUUAAAGUCUCUACCACUGUCCAACAGCAAGUCAUCCAGAACAUUACUCCACAACAGCUGCAAAACAUCAAAAACGUCACGUUGCUUCGUGCAUCACCCAGUCAGAAUAUAAACCUAACUUCCGCCGUUUCUAACACUUCUCAAUCAGGGGAACAAGACAAUGCAACAAUCACUGUAUCCAAGCAAGACCAGAUUAUGGGGCAACAGGGAGUACAAAUUAAAACUCACGGUAAUUUAACUCCCGCACAGCAACAACAAAUCCUGCAGACGAUUAAACAGAAGAUCUUGCCUAGUGCUAGUGUGUUGACAAGCCAACAACAACAAAUUAUACUUAAACAGAAAAGUGGAGUUAUGCAAGUGCAAAAGCAGAGUGCUGGAGUUAGUGGAACACAGAUUGUGGGACAGCAAAAGAUUACUACAGAUGCAUCCUCAAAGCCAGUAGCUACAGCUCAAGGACCGGUAGUGGCGAAAGUUUUAACAAAUGCCGCUGGACAAGUUAUAUCUGUGGAAAGCUUACUUGCGCAUCAAAAGCAACAUGGUUCCUUACCACAAGGUACGACAUUACGAGUGUCUGGUACUAAAGGCAGCCAACAAAAUAUAAUUCAUCUUACCGGAGCCGGAACGACUAAGCAAAAUCCUAUUACUCAGUUUGCUGUUGGCUCGCAAAACAACAUUCUAACAAUUACGUCCCAACCAAAACUUGUAGUAGCCUCCCAAAGUACCAUGGUAACUUCUUCUACGUCCACUGCAAAAAUUACAUCAAGAUCAGUGGGUAAAACUCAGACUUUGACUAAAUUCAGCUCGAAGGGCACUCAGCAGCUAAUAAACGCGAAAAUUGUAACCCAAGGUCUAGACGGACAAAAGAUUGUUCAACCAAAACUUGUUGUUGGUCAGCAAAAUCAGCUUAAGCUCUCCAGUGGGAAAAAUAUACCCCUUACUAAGCCAGUAACCCUUAGUGUUGCUGGUAAUGCCAAUACGAUAAGAAUGGUCAAUGCCACGAAUCUGAACUUGACGCACAUAGCAGGAAAACCUGUAUUGCUGGCAAGUAAAGGAAGUGCAAUUCAAAAUCUGCAAGGCCAGAAUGUUAUUCUACAAACCCAAUCGAAUGCAAGCGGAACUUCUUUAGUAUUACAAAAUACUGGGAAAAACUCCACGAGUAACCUUCAGCAACAAACGAAUAUGAAUAAUAUAAACAUUCUAAAUCAGUCAAACAUUGUUUUUAGCCCACAAGUGAAAGUUCAACAACCUCAACAAGUGGUUUUAAGCACUAGUUCUAAAACCGGCCAAGUCGGCACACCGCAGGCCAUAUCACAGGGUCACAUCAUGUUAGGAGGGCAUUCGGUACGAUUACAAACGAGUAAUGCCACGAAUACACAGCGAGUAGUCUUAGCCAGCCAAGGGCAGGGUGGCCAGAUUGUAGCUCAGCAGAUUCUGUUGCCAGCGGGAUUUCAAGGCACUGCCAUUAAUAUAAAAGCCUUGCAGGGGGUUAAAGUCAUACCCAUCGCUCAAGCUCAAGGCCAAGGUAAAGGGAUACAAAAUAGACAAGUGUUUGCUCGUGUCAUGAAUCCAAAUUUGGUGAAAACGACACAGUCAAGUACUACAAUGCCCGACAAAGUCACAGAGGUAACACUUCCUCCACAAGACGGAGAAUGAUUAUAAUAUAAAUAUAUAAAUAAUUUGUUGAAUAUUUGUACAUAUAUUGUUGGUUAUUCAAAUAGCUGUAGAAAAUUAUGGAUAAUACUUAGAAUUAACAAGGUUGUAUGUAUAUUAUGAUUUAAUAGUUAUUUGUUGAAAAUGUAUAUAUUACGAUAAUUUUGGUUUGUGAUGUAUAUAAUCAUUUUUAAGACUUUUUUUAUUGCAGUAUUUA